AUGGCUGAGCAGUCUAAAUCUUCGCACCACUUGUUGUACAAAGCAGUGAGCUCGCCGCCUUGGAAAGAGGCUUUCAGGCAGGGAUGUCUGGAACGAAUGAAAAACAGCCGGGACAGGCUCCUGAGCAAGUACCGCCAGACUGGAGGCAGUAUGCCAAGAGGAGCUCAGAACACCUUUCUAGUGCAAGAGGUGAUGGAAGAGGAGUGGGAUGCUUUGCAGUCAGUGAACAGUUGUCCGGAGGCCUUGGCUCAGGUGGAAGAGCCAGUGGACCUGGCUGUGCUUGAGGAAAUCCAACAGGAACUGAUUGACCGAGAGCAGUCCAUCAUCAGGGAAUAUGAGAAGAGCUUGCAGUUCGAUGAACAGUGUCUCAGCAUCAUGCUGGCUGAGUGGGAAGCCAACCCCCUCAUCUGUCCUGUGUGUACAAGGUACAACUUAAGAAUAACAAGCGGUGUGGUCAAGUGUCCCUGUGGCUUGUACAUCCCAUCUCACUCUCCAGAGCUAACAGAGCAGAAUCUCCGAGCCCUCUUAGAAGACCAUGUUCAUGAGCACAGUACACACUGUCCCCACACGCCUGAGUUUUCAGUCACUGAUGGAGCAGAAGAGAAGUCCUGUCUUCUCAUGAGCUGUCUGGUAAGCCACCCAUGGGAUCCAGUCAUAAGGGACCUUCAUUGGUUGCUAUUGUUCCCACCUUGA